CAACGCUUCUAUUUUGCAUGGUAGAUCAAAACACACGUGUUUACGUUAUAAUAUUUAGUAAUGUAAAAUAAUUACAUAGAAGUUAAUUAUGAGUAAGCUUUAUGUGCUCUAUGAGCACAGCGCAGGCUUUGCCCUGUUUCGAGUAGCUGAAUUUGAAGAACUAGCGGCAUUCUUGCCCCAAGUGGAAGAAUCAGUGACAGACCUUCAAAGGUUCAAUUCUGUGGUGACCCUAAUCGCAUUUCAACCAUUUAAAUCUGCAAUAACUGCUUUGGAGAAUAUUAACGCAAUUUCAGAAGGUAUUCUACCGGAAGAUCUUAAUCUCUUCUUGGAAGGUGGUCUACCGAAACGCAAGAAGCGUGGCAAAUGCACUCUCGGUGUUUCUGACCCUAAGCUUGGUGCUUCUAUAAGUGAAGCAUUGGAAAUUUCUUGUUCACACACCGGUGCUGUACCUGAGGUGCUUAGAGGUAUAAGGCACCAUUUCGCAAGUCUCAUCAAAGGACUAACUCCAAAAGCAUGCAGCGUAGCUCAGCUUGGUCUCGGCCACUCUUAUUCGCGUGCCCGUGUCAAGUUCAAUGUUCAUCGUGUCGACAACAUGAUCAUUCAAUCUAUAGCUCUGCUGGACCAGUUGGAUAAAGACGUCAAUACAUUUUCUAUGAGAAUUAGAGAAUGGUAUUCGUAUCAUUUCCCAGAGCUUGUCAGUAUUGUGCCAGAGAACUAUCUCUACUCAAAGUGCGCAGAGUUCAUCAAAGAUCGUAAAACUCUCUCGGAAGAGUCUGUAGAACCGCUAACUGAAAUCCUCGGUGACUCUGAGAAAGCACAGGCUAUUAUUGACGCGUCGAAAAUGUCUAUGGGUAUGGAUAUAUCACCCGUUGACUUAAUUAACAUACAAAUGUUUGCUGGAAGGGUUGUUGCCUUAAGUAAUUACAGGAAAGCAAUAGCAGAAUAUUUACAUACAAAGAUGACCUCAGUGGCACCAAACCUGACGACACUUAUUGGGGAUCAGGUGGGAGCCCGUCUCAUCUCUAAAGCUGGUUCUCUUACCAGUUUAGCGAAGUACCCAGCUUCCACAUUACAGAUACUUGGUGCGGAAAAAGCUUUGUUUCGAGCUUUGAAGACCCGCUCCAAGACACCUAAGUAUGGUCUUCUAUAUCACUCAACUUUCAUCGGGCGAGCUGGCCUUAAGAACAAAGGUCGUAUCAGUCGCUACCUCGCAAACAAGUGCUCUAUUGCAUCUAGGAUUGAUUGCUUCUCUGAAACUCAAACAACCAUCUACGGUGAGAAACUGCGUCAGCAAGUUGAAGACCGAUUAAAGUUCUACGAGACAGGUGACAUUCCAAUGAAGAAUAUAGAUGUGAUGAAACAGGCCAUGGAAGAAGUAUCACAACAGGAUGCACAGGACGCAGGUAUGAACGAGGCACAGGUCGCAGACGUAAGCGUUAGUAAGAAGAAAAAGAAGAAGAAGGAAAAGAAAGAACAAGAGGUAGCCAUGGAUGAAGAUUAAAAAGGAAUAUAUAACUAUAACAUACAUAUUUUAAACGUUUGUUUUAUUUUGAUUGAUACAUACAGACAUUCACAGUCUGGGUACAAACAUUUAUUGUUAUAUUAUAUAAUUAAACCUUUCUCCAAUAA